AUGGCUUACUCUGGAGCUCCAACAAUUGAGAUGCCAGCCCUGGGCCGCCCUCUGCGUCUGGGGAUGCUGUACGACUGCCGCAACGACACGCUCAUCCCAGGUAUCACCUUAUGGGGCAUUGAGGCUCUUAAGAGAGACGUGGAGACAAUGCCAAAGCACAAUACUGAAUUCCAGAUCAUUGCGUCCGACACCAUUGAAGAUAAGUCCUCAGCCCUCAGUCUGUCUGGAUCCCUGAAGGCCAGUCUCCUGGUGGGGCUGGUGGAAGUAGGUGGAUCUGCAGCAUUUUUAAAUGAUUCAAAGAAAUCAAAAAAUCACGCUCGAGUUGCUCUCCACUACUCAGUGACAAACAGGUUUGAGCACCUGACCAUGAGCCAGUUGGGGACCGAGAACGUCUCUUAUCCCGCUGUGUUUGACCAAGGCACGGCCACCCAUGUGGUCACAGCUGUGCUGUACGGGGCUCAGGCUUUCUUUGUGUUUGAUCGGGAAGUUUCUUCAUCAGAGAGUGUGCGAGAGAUAGAGGGGAAAAUGAAACUGAUGGUGGAAAAGAUCCCAAAGGUUUCUGGAGGAGCAGAGGUGUCUGGGGAAAAGGGGAACAAGGAAGUAGAAAGAAAAGAAAAUUUCAGUUGCAAAUUUUAUGGUGAUUUUGCCCUGGAGAACAAUCCGGUUACUUACCAAGAUGCCAUGGGAGUUUACUCCACUCUCCCUAAGCGGCUUGGAGUCGCUGGUGAAAAUGCUGUACCGGUGCGAGUCUGGCUGUACCCACUGAGCAAGCUGGAUUCCAGAGCCGCUCAGCUAGUGCGUGAGAUCAGUGCGGUGCUGGUUUAUGAUGCUCAAAGUGCCCUGGAGCACCUGACUGAGUGCGACGUCCGGUGCAACGACAUGGUGAAGGACAGAACGGCUACAGCCUUCCCCGAGAUCCAGAGGAAAAUCCAGCAAUUCAGAAAUCUGUGUAAACAGCACAGACAGACCUUCCAAAAAGAGCUAGCUAGAACCCUGCCCUCUAUCCGUGGAGGUGGAGCAGAGGAGGGGGCCCUGGUGGAGAUUUUAACCAACAAGGAGCAAUCGCCAUUUGGUACCCAGAGACUCAAUGAAUUUCUGGAUAAGAAACAGGAGGAAAUUAAUUUUGUCAAUUCCUACCUGGCUGAGCUAGAGGAGGUGGAAGUCGUAUCCUCCAGGAGUGAGCUACAACGAAUAGUUCUCAGCCCCAGGCAUGACUUUGUUGUGUCUCUUUCACUCACUUCAUUGCAUAAUGAGGAAUCCUAUUUAUCAGAAUUAAAUCUAUCGUUGAGGAGACAAUUUAUGAAGAAAACUCAUGAUCCAGCAUUAGCCAGUUCUGCCUGUGAGACACCAAAAUCCAAGCAGUGGUUUGAGGAUGAAGAGAUAAGAAGAAAAGCACGACAAGCUGUAAAGUCCUUCUCUGACUUUGCUCAUGUCAAUAAAUCUGAUGGGACGACUUGGUUCAUUGUGGCCUCUGUUCCAGACAAGGACAAUCCAGGCACUGCCAUUUACCUGUAUGAGGAUGGAGAUCUGAUCAGCACCAACUUUGAGCCUCCAUCAAAGCCUCUUCCUCCCCUGAUUGAUGGAAUCAGACAUGACCGUGUGCAGCUCACGUUUAACCCAGCAGCCUAUGGCAGGGCUGCGAUAUCCGGCUAUCGGGCAGAGUACAGAAUUGUAGGGCAGGAGAACUGGACGGCUGUGACUGUAAAUAACACACAAGUGACAUUCACAGUAACAGGGCUACGUGCAAACACCGAGUACCAGUUCCGAUACGCUGCAGUGAGCAAACCAGGGCUCAGCGAGAGCAGCGACGUGAGUGAUCCUGUGAAGACUCUCCCUACCAGUCCCCCUGGGAAGCCUGUAACAGAUACUGUAGGCUCAUGUGCUGUAGCCCUCAAUUGGCAGGUACCAGUUGUCAUUGGAGAUGGAGUCAGUGUAAGGGAGUAUAAGGUGGACUAUAAAGAGGAAGCUGGAGGUGAGCAGAAGGACAUAUGGCUGGAACGAAGGACAGGCGAGAGAACAGAGUUCUGUACCAUUGAUGGACUGAGGCCUGAGACGCCCUACAGAUUCCGGGUGUCGGCUGUGUGUGCAGACGGGGCUGAUGCCUGA